AUGUCGACUUCUUUUGAGAAGUCUGUGAAAGGCGCGACAAAGAUUAAGGGACGAAAUAUCCGACAUUACACAAAUUAUCUGACCGAGCGCGCGAGAUCAUUUCGAGACACAAAAUGCGACUUUGUACGUGGUGCCGAGGGAAGACUGGAGAAGUUGUCGGUGGAAAAGGGCCACUUUUUCGAAAUGUCAAAACCCGAUGCAGAACGAGCUAUGGAGAUAUACAGAAAUUUUACCCGACAAACAGAUUUUGUAGUUUCGUACCUUGGUGUUGCCAGGCAAUAUGAGCAUCAGACGCGAGUGGAGGUUCCCAAACUCAAGCAUGCACCUGUCAAUCUUGGAAAACAGCUGGAGGACUAUUUGAUGGAUCCGGAUUUCGAGGUAAACAGAAGGCAAUACCUUGCAGAGCAGGAGUCUACCAAGAAAGGGAAGAGUGGGGCCAGUGGUGCGAGUAAACCUUUUGCAGUACCCUCCAAGAGCGAAAGCGAUGACAGGGCCGCUACUGGACGCUCUUUUCCUGAUGCAGUACAAGCAUCUUCUUCAAACACUACCGCACAACCCUCUAAAGCACCGGCUGCAGAUUUGAUUGACUUUUUCGACUCUAUUGAUACACCGCAGCCAAUGGCUACCCAAGUAGGAAUACAGCAAGCACCCCAAUUCAACGGGGACCCUUUUCAAAUGCAGCAGCAACAGCAACUCCAACAGAACGGAUUCGCUCAACAACAAACUGGUUUCCAAGAUCCAGCACAGUUUGCUCAACAGCAAGGCUUUAAUAAUGUUUUUAACAUGCAGCCACAGGCACCUUUACAACAGCAGCAGCAACAACAACAACCGCAACACAUGCAGCCACAUUUCACGGGUGCUGGAUUUGGUGGCUAUACUCCACAGCAAUCAUUCCAGCCAUCAGGUCUCUCAGCCAUCCCACAAGAAUCAGCUGUAAAUUUCCAGCAGCAGGGACAGCAACAAAUGAAUUCACAACCUCCUCAGGAGACGAAUCCUUUCCGGCAGUCGACGAUGACAAACAAUCUAGGAAUGACUAUGCCUUCAUUCCCAGCGUCCCCGCCUGUCGCCUCUCCAGUGAUUCGACAAUCGACCAACCCUUUUGCCAAGUCAGCAUCACCUCAAUUACAGCCUUACACCCCGCCACCAGAUCAGCAAUUCCAGCAACAACCAAUAGCAGCUCCUCUCAGAGCGAUGCAAACAGGCACAAAUCCUUUUGCCAAGAGCUUGUCUGUUCAAUCAGCCGAGCGACCUCAAACAAGUGCCGCCAGUCUUGCGCCACAGCCUACUGGAAAUACAAAUCCAUUUCGACAGAGUCAAUUUGUCAACACAGCUACGGGCAUGGGCUGGCAAAACGCCCAGCAAACCAUAGGAGGUGGUUUAGAUCAUAUACCAACGGUUCCCGUCUUCCCUCGACCCGGGCAACAGCAAGCCUGGCAGCAAUAG